AUGUCUGACUGUGCACUAAACAUUUUCAACGGGAUUAGGAAUUCAUUUCCGGAGUGCAAUAUCUUUUGGUGCGCGCUACAUGUAAUACGCGCACUUAAAAAGAAUCUCUCAAAGAUAAAUGAUGAAGAGAUUAGAUCAGAAGUCGAAAAAUUUAUGAACAUUUUAUGUUAUUAUCGUGAUUGCACAGAAGAAGAUGCUGCAAAAAUGUAUAAAGAGCACAUUAUUGAUAAAAUUCAAGAUCAAUUGGAAUUUAAUCAAUACUUUACACGUCAGUGGGACAUUCAUAAACAACAGUGGAUAGCCGCUGCCAGACCAAAUGAAUUAACCGUUGUGAAUAACGUUUCUGAAUCUUUAUUUAAAAAGAUAAAAUAUCACGAUUUUGGCUGCGUUAAAAAUCAAAGAAUUGAUGUUUUUGUCAAAAAUCUUUUAGAAGAAGUUGCACCCAAUUACUUUUAUCGUAUUAAAAACGAUUUACUUCAAAGAGGUUUUAUUCCUUCAAUUAGAAUUCGCGAGCCUCGAUUGACAGAUUAUAAAACAAAAUUGAAAAGAGAAGUUCAAUCACGUUUAUACCAAGUAUUAAAUUUUGUUCAGAAUCAAGAAGCCAAUUUGAAUCCAUUAAGAUUUUUAUUGGAAAAUGCUGAAGAAAAACUUUCUCAAAUAAAUGAGAAGAUACAAAAUUCAAUUACAUAUUUAAGAUCGUUUGAAAUUCCAAAUGAAUUGUUAGAUACGUAUAUGUUAGAAAUUAAUGAAUUUUGUUAUAAUUCUCCAGGUUAUAUUUUAGAACAUUUCGAAGAAUUUUUGGAGAAUUUCAAUGAAAAGAAUAAUUUAAUAGACUAA